CAGUCAUCGGGGGCGUGAAAAGCAAGCUCUCUGAAAAGACUCAGGAAAAUAAAGCAUAUUAGUGUAACAGGACAAAUUAAAGCAUUUUAAAUGCUGUAUUCCAGCUUUACAAAACAUAGGAAGUGAAACACAAAAGAGGUAGACCUUAUAUGCAUACGGAUGGCAAAGUGACAGAUUUAAAGAGACAGAGUAGUCACAAAAUCAGGUGAGGCAGAGAAAGAGGAGUGGGGGAAAGGGAGGGGCUAUCAGAGAAACCGAGAGAAUGAGGAAGAAGAGAAUGUGAAGAGAUCAAAGACACAUAACAAACACACACACACACACAAAAAAAACAACUGAACGCUAACAAGAGGUGCAAAAUAUACAUAGCAGAGAUAGCAUUUCAAGCAGGAAGUAGCUUGUCUAAUGUAUAAGUUAGAAAAGGAGAAACAACAACAGGUGAAGUCAUUAGGAGAGCAGUUUAAUAGUAAACAAUUCACUGUAGCUGUAAGCUGACAAUUAAGCCCUGGGGAGAAAAAAAACUCUCUUCAGAGUGGGAGACUCAAGUCUCCCCAUUUUAACUCUGAUUACAGCUAUUCUAUAAUAAUGGAAAUGCACAUGGACGUAUGGGAGAAUAAAGCAACGCUGAACAGCAGCAGCAUGGAUGAGUUUGCUGUGCCCCAGGAUUCAGAAAAGGAACUGAGAGAGCAGAGGCUUCACAUGGAGAGGAUAUUUGGGGUGGUGUUGAACAUUUUAGGUGUUCUCAAUCAGACACAUAUGCUUGAACAGUCUGCAGGACACCAACAAAUGUGGAUUCAGCUGCAGGGUGAAAAGAGGAACAUAGAAAAGGCAAAGAGUUAUAUUAAAGGACUAUGCACACCAGACAUAACAGAGGACACCACUUACCCACGAGGGCUAUACUGCAUCUUCGUAGGUGCCAAAGGAAUUUUUCUUGAUUGUCUUAUCAGAGCUACUUCAGCGUGCAUUAAGCCACUAAGUCCUGGCUGCAUCAGGAUCUCUGGUCUUGCAGAAGAAGCGGUGAUGGCUCAAAGCAGGGUCCAAGCAUUUCUGGAAGGAAGUAACUCUUGUUAUAGGCCAGAUGAUGAUGCCCAGAUUAAGAGGGAUUUUAAGGAUCUGGUUGAAGAGCACACUGAUAUUCAUGUUCUGGAUCUUCUUAUACUGUCAACCUCUGUUAAGGAACAGUUAUUAGCACUAGUGCAUGAAGCUAAUAUAAGUGGAUUACAUAAGAGAAGGGUGAUACAUUCCAAAAACAAUCUUUUUGAAAAGCCAACUGAAAUAGCUGUGCACAGUCAUUCUAACUUUCCAACAUCUGUCCCACUGCAAAAUCCACCGACACUUGAGAAAAUGUUGAGCUCAAAACCAAUGGAAAUAACUAAGCCAGGGUCUGAGAGAAGAAUAUUACAUCACAGAGCCUCUAACCCACAUCAGUUAAAGGUGGACAAAACAUGGGAUUACAACAAUCGAGCAGCACUUUUUCAAAGACAAAAUACCAAGGAAAAGCCAGUUGGUUUAGUGCAAGACAUUGAAUAUAAUCAGAAAGAAGAGAAAUCUAGAGAAAUAGCAUGCACAGAUGAUGAAGAGUUCCGAGAGAUAUCAGGACUAUUAGGAACCAUUAUGGGUAGGGAUGAGGGAGAACAGGGAUCGAAUACUAAUUUCUCAUUAGGGACAGAGAAAGAAUUCAGCAUGCUCCUAGAUUUCUUUAAGACAAUGGGUUACAAGGAAGCAGUUGUCCUUAAAGUUCUGUCGGAGAAUGGAAUUCAGGAGCCUUCCCAGAUACUAGACAAAGUUAAUUUGGAAGAAUCCAACCAUUGCCAGGGUAAAUUGGAGUCAAAUAGGUUUACACUAUUGAAUGAAUCAUCAGAUACAUAUGGUAACAAUGAGGACAGUUACGUCUGGGAAGUGGUAAAAUCAGCAGCAAAGAACUGUGGGUACUCUCCCAGUGAAAUUGUGGAUAAAGGUGAUGGUUCUGUUGCUGGACUUCUAAGAAAACUCAAUGAAAAAAAUACAAACCCUGAACAUCACAUGAACAUAUCAGAGGUUCACAGAUAUCCAAAUCAAGAAUCCACAAGGCAAGAGAAAGUGUCUUGUAUUCAACCAAGAACAGAACUAAAUGUCUCACAGCCAGAUGUGGGAAUGUCAGAGAUGGGAAGACACAAAACAAUGUUUUCUAACUGUCCUGUUGAGGAUCACUUCCCUGGGAGUGCUGCUCAAGAAACAUGUGAUAUCAAAGUAGCUAAGUAUUUGGAAUCAGAAGAUGGACUAAGUGCCCCUGUAGUGACUGGAGCACAGAGGUUUAAUGAAGCUAUGCAGACGCCAUUUGAACUCAACCUGAGAAAUGAACCAGGGAAUGAACAACUGAGACAUAUUAUUGUAGACGGCAGCAAUGUGGCCAUGAUACAUGGGCUCUGCCGUUUCUUUUCGUGCCGUGGGAUUGCGUUGGCCGUGCAGUAUUUCUGGGACAGAGGGCAUCGCAACAUCACAGUUUUUGUGCCCCAAUCAAGAAUAAAAAGAGAUGAUAAAGUAAAAGAGCAACAUUUCCUUACCCAGUUGAACAAGCUUGGACUCCUCUCUUUUACUCCAUCCAGAAUCUUUGAAGGCAAAAGGAUCACGCCCUAUGAUGACAGGUUUAUGCUACAACUGGCUGAGAAAACAGAUGGGGUGAUAGUGACUAAUGAUAACCUACGAGACUUUUCUGAAGAGUCUACGGCUUGGAAAAAUAUAAUCAGGAAGAGAUUGCUCCAAUUCACUUUUGUUGGAGACAUAUUUAUGGUUCCAGAUGAUCCCUUAGGACGAAAUGGACCUCCUCUGGAGCAGUUUUUGUGGAAAAACUCAAGACCAAAGACCAAGAUGAAAGGUCAUUCUUUUGCCGGAAGAGGAGGUCCCGUCACAUCUCCCAAACCAUCUUCUCAGACUGAAGUUCUUAACCUUCGAGAUCGGAAGCCAGGAAAAAGGUUUCAAGAAGAGACUGAUGUUCGUUCCCCAAGAGAGACUGAAAUGCUUAGGUGUGAGCUACUUUCCAUUUUCCCUCAUCAAGAUACAAAGGUAGACUUUAUUCUCCAAAGACAGCUGAGCCUGACUGACCUCAAUAAACUCUCAGAACUUAUAAUCAACCUCAGAUUUUGAAUUAUUUAAUAGAAGUUGCGAUAAUCAAAAUGACAUCUUUCAUAACAAAAUGAAGAUUACUGGAUUAAUUGUCAAGGCCAAUAUUCCAACAUUAAAAUGGCCCAUAACUAUAAUCAGCAUCUCAACCAGACACGGAGUAAAAAAUAAGCCUGCUGCUAAUAAUGCAAACAUCAAGUGAGCUUUCUUCGACUCCACAAUUCAGAGGCUAAAUAAAUACACAGUGGUGACCUCACUGAAAAUGGACAGAGUUAAAAUCCACAAUAAUGUCUGUAUGGAAAAAACUAGACAUACUAUGACUGGAACCAUGUAUAGAACAGCUUUUUGUAACAUUAUAAUUCUAAAAUUAAACAUUUUUAAUAAAAAAAAAAGUUUGAUAUAAGAA